AUGGUUACUGCAAAGGGCCCUCGAGAUGUCAGCCUAUCUGCAUUGCCUCGCACAUGGAGCACUUGUGAGCGCUCGAAACAUGAAACAUGCAGGCCCAAGAAAUCAGAGCCGCUCAGUCUGGAGAUAGAGACACGAAGCUUGCAACCUCUGGUGCUCGAAAUAUCGUCGUUCCUGAACGAUGCCGACUGCCAGCAUGUUAUUGACAAGGCGCUGCCGCAUGUCGAAAAGUCUUCGGUGAAGCACAUGGAUCACGAUGUUGGCAAGCCGGAUGCUAACUGGCGAACCAGCAGCACCUACUUCAUGCGAUCAGAUGACGACACGCUGCACCGCCUGGACGAUCGCGUGAGUGCUCUGACGCUGGUAAAGAAAUCACAUCAGGAGUACUCCCAGAUCUUGCGCUAUGAGGAAGGAGAGCAGUAUGUUGCACACCAUGACUACUUCGACCCUGCCAUGUACAAGAACAACAGAGACAUACAGGACAUGAUCAAGAAGGGUCUAUACAACAGAUUAGCGACGGUGUUUUUCUACCUGUCCGAUGUGGAGGAAGGUGGGCAGACAAAUUUUCCACGCGCUGGGGGGCGGCCACAGCCGCAUGACUUCGCGGACUGCUCUAAAGGAGUAUCCGUUUUUCCCAGGCGUGGACGCAUCAUGAUCUUCUACUCAAUGCACCCAUCCGGUGAGAUGGACGAGACAUCCCUCCAUGCCGGUUGUGCGGUGAAGCGCGGCACAAAGUGGUCAGCCAACAAGUGGAUCCUCGGAGACAUCGGAGACGCACGGCUGGGCUUGCCUUCUUCGCAUACAAUGCGCCUUGGCCACUCCAUCCUGAAGGCGUUUGCAGAUGGUUACUCAGCUACUGACGCCACGAAGCCUCCUCAGGCCCAGGAGCUCGUUGUAAACGCUCAGGCGCUCGCUGGAGCUGGUCCAGCUCUCGCACAGCUGGUCAGCGAAAUGCCAGGCUUGCGGUCAUUGCGCCUGCUGACGGCCUCAAACCCGCCGAGGCCAGCAGGCCUGCGCCGCGCAACCUGGCCUGCACAGCAAGCCUGCAGCGGACAGGACUUCGCACAGCUGACCAGCAUCCAGAUCAGAGGCGGCUUCUCCUUGGACUCGCUGAACCUUGGAGCGAUGUUGUCGAGUGCCAGCAGCUUGCAGGUCCUGGACCUGAGUGGAUCCGAAUUUGGAGAUGCUGAUGCUCAGCUUUUAGCUGCCGCAAAUGUUGGGCCUCUUCCAGAGCUUCACCUCCUGGGCUUCAGGGGCUGCAAGUUGCAGUCGCCGGCAGCAGCCGCAGCGCUCGCAAGGGCAGUGAACCACUUCGGAAGCAUCAGACACAUCCGCAUGCAGGCCAACCGCUGGCGUGUGGAGGCCCACCGCUCCUUUGCAGAGCACUUGCUCGAGUCCAGCGCACAGGCUUUGGUUUCCCUUGAGGCUGGAUAUUCCUCGCACGGGCAGCAGGGUCAGGCCUUGCCAUCUCAGAGUCUUCCAUCGCGCACGUCAGACCCCAGUGCAGGUACCCCGACGGAGUCGUUGGCAGAGGAACUGGUGGAAGGUGGGGAUGCCCCUGCAACAGAGUCACGUUCCGACAAGCUACACUUCCUCGCCCAGUUUGGAGUCGGGCUAUGGUUAUCAGCUGUUGCCUGCAGACUGGCCAGCGGUCUGCAGGAGCUGAGGCUGGAAAAACUGGAUGUUGGAGUGGUGGCGUUACAAAUCCUGCGAAGGCGGCUCAGGAGCCCCAUGGCCCUCCGAGUGCUUGCUUUCUCAACGGGCUGCACUGGCCUGAGCGAGAAGAAGGCAGGAAUCGAAUUGGCAUGGCUGGUGGCCAGAGUCACCCCUCGUCUUCAACGUUUGGUGCUGGCAGGGUCUGAUGCGUCGCCUUCACUUGUGCAAGGAAUUUUGGAGGCCAUCUCCAGGCGAGAAACUCAUGAUGCUUUCGUGACGUGA